UCGGACAAAACCCAAAGUUUCAGUUCAAAUUUUGGAAUCGAGGUGCUCAACAAUGAGAUUGUGGUGGCCGGAGGAUACGGUGGCAUGGUGGGUACAGUUGGCGAUUGCGAAACAUACGAUUUCCGCAUGGACGCCUGGCGAGAUAUGCCAUCCAUGGAUUUGCGUCGAUCGGCCGUUUAUCUUACGAAGAUCGAACACCACGAGAUAAUCGAGGAAUUCUUACGAUCCAUUUGUCUCUUUUAA